AUGUAUUCGCUGAAGCCGAAACAGAUCACAUUCGAUGAGACGUGGAAAUCGCUGCGGCCAACCGUCAUCGAUAUUCUCAAAAUGCAGCCGGUGCCCUAUAAAGAAUGGCACCACAAAUUUAGCGAUGUUUAUGAUAUUUGCGUAUCGGUGCCGGACCCAUUAAGCUCAAAGUUGUAUGAAGAAGUCCAGAAGUGCCUUAUUGAGUAUGUGACCGAACAGCGCGAGAUCAUCCUCACUGUCGGCUCCGACAACCUACUUCAGGAGUAUUAUCGAAUGUGGAAAAUGUUCUAUGAGGGAACUGUCUAUAUCCAUCGUCUUUUUGGAUAUUUGAACAAACAAUUCGUUUCGCAGAAGAAAUGCACGGAUGUCGACAGUUUUGCUCAAUAUUCGGCAUAUUUGCAAGUGCCGAACAUCAAAGAAGUCGGAUGUUUGGCUCUCGAAAUCUGGAAAGAGGAGCUCGUCAAGGAGAUCUUGCCGCGUCUCAUUCAGCUUCUUCUCGUCGCCUACGGCGAAGAUCGUCACGGGAAUUGUCCGAACAACUCGGAAGUGGUGAGCGGCGUGAUUCAGAGUUUCGUUCAAAUCGAGGACCAUCGCCUCGAUUCGAAGGACAACUACAGUCGGACGGAGGCGGCGGUGCGUAGCAGCAUCAACGAGUCGCCGACGCGAUUCUAUCAGGAGACGUUCGAGAAAUACUUCCUCGAAGACACGAAAGUCUACUAUUCGGCACUCGCUCAGCAAAUGUUGUCCGAAAUGACUUGUAGCCAAUAUAUGGAGGCUGUGAUUGAGCAAUUGGAUCGAGAAGAAGUGCGAGCCAAGAAAUUCCUACACGAAUCGAGCGUGAGAAAGGUGAUUGAACUAUGCCAAUCGGUUAUGAUAAAAGCGCACAAGGACAAAUUGCACGCGGUGUGCCACGAUUUGAUCACGAACGAGGAAGUUCGAGAUUUACGCAACAUGUACCGCCUAUUGAAGCCGAUCCACGCGGGACUCACAGUGAUGGUGAAGGAGUUUGAAGAGUACGUGAAGCAGCGCGGUCUCGAGGCGAUCGCGCGGCUCACCGGCGACAAUGUGCCGCAGCAGUUCGUCGAGAACGUGCUCACCGUUUACAAUAAGUUCAACAAAAUGAAAUCGACGGUUUUCAUGGACGACGGCGAGUUCUCGAGCGGUCUCGACAAGGCCUUGCAAGGCGUUGUCAAUGCGAAAGAGCCGGGAUGUAAUGUGCCGAAGGCCAGCGAGCGGCUCGCCCGCUAUACGGAUGGUUUGCUGAGAAAAACGGGAAAAGGCGUCUCGGAUGUGGACAUCGAGGAGAAGCUGAGCAACGCGAUUGUGAUAUUCAGAUAUAUCGAGGAUAAGGACGUUUUUCAGAAGUACUACUCGAAGAUGCUCGCGACACGAUUGAUUGGUAAUUAUUCGGUGUCGAUGGAUGCCGAAGAGACGAUGAUAAACAAGCUCAAGCAAGCGUGCGGCUACGAGUUCACCAGCAAACUGUCGCGAAUGUUCCUCGACAUUGGUUUGAGCCACGAGCUGUCGGCGCAAUUCGAGAAGCACUGCGAGUCGAUCGUCGCCGAUCGUCCGAAUCCGCCGCAAUUUGUGCCGACGCAAACGUUGAUACUUCAGGCGGGAAGUUGGCCGUUGAACGCGCCGCAAAUUGCUCUCACAUCGUCGCACCACGCGAUCUCGCAAGAGUUGGCGAAUUUCCAAUUGCCGCGCGUUCUUGAGUCGUCGGUGCACGAGCUCGAGAAAUUCUACACGUCGAAGCACAACGGUCGAAAAUUGACGUGGUUGUGGAAUAUGUCGCAAGGCGACGUUCGACUAACAUAUUUGGACAAGAAUUACGUGGUCUCGAUGUAUAUUUAUCAAUUGGCCGUCACGUUGUGCUUUGAUCGCGACGAUGUGUUGACGGUGAAGGAUAUCAGCGAUCGCGUCGGAAUUCGCGGCGAUUAUCUACUCAAAACGAUUCGGACCAUCAUGGAUGCGUCGAUAUUCACGUGCGAGGAUUCGACGUUGACGGUUGACUCGAGAAUCCGAUUGAAUUUGUCGAUGACGUCGCGACGAAUGAAAUUCCGGCUUCAGAUGCCGCAAAUCAAUAAAGCGGUUGAGAAGGAGCAAGAAUCGGUCGCGAACACGGUAUCCCAAGAUCGCAAAUAUUAUAUGGAAUGCGCGAUUGUUCGAAUAAUGAAGACGAGAAAAGUGAUGAAGCAUAACGCGUUGGUUGCCGAGAUAAUGGAUCAGACGAAGGGCCGCUUCACUCCAGAUGUGCCAUUCAUCAAAAAAAGCAUCGAGGAUUUGAUCGAGAAGAUGUACAUUCAAAGAACUGAUCAAAACGACGAGUAUCAAUAUUUGGCCUAG